AUGCAUAAAAAAUAUUCCUCUUAUAUAAAAGUGGGCGAAAAACACGUGCAAAAGAUGUUUUGUGUUCAAGAAAAGGACUCUCCGCACUCAGAAUCGUUUAGAAAUACCGACAAAGACCCCUUGAACACUCAGUCUGAAUCUAGUGAUGAUGAACCAGAUGCUAAACGUCUUAAGUUCUCAAGUCCCGACCUGAAGCUGCAAGUUUAUCAAAUACCAACAUACAACACCCCCAAAUCCUUAUCAAUAUAUCCCUCCACCCCUACCUCUACGCUGCCAAAAUUUGUAAACAACCCUUUGAACUUAGCCAACCCCCUCGCAUUUGCAACGAACAACUUACAUACAAAUAAUAUUGUAAAAAAUCUCCAAAGCCGAUAUUCUUUACCUGCUAAAUUAACUAUCACUCCGGUGAAACAAGUCUCUGACGGAGAAGUAGUAAGAUAUAAGAAGAAUGGUGAAAUAGCAAAGAAAAGGGGUCCACCAAAGGGGUAUAAGCGAAAACCUAAGGAUCUGUCGCAGAGUUUCUCCAAUGGAGCAUUAUUGCAGGCACAAAACACAAUCCUGACAAGUCUUCUUGCAGCGAAUACAACAUUAACAACCAUAAUUCCACCACCACCUCCGGAACCUGCACCAGAAAUCAAAUUACCUCCAGGCACGGAACUGGUGGAACUACUCCUGGACCCAGAGGACUGGUUCCCCACAGAACCCUACAGGAUGGUUUUCAGUAGGAAAAAGAAUCCCAAGUGGAAAAACUUUCCGUACAGAUGCGAACAUUGUUUCAAAGGUUACAGAGUAAUAUCAACCCUGGUCGCCCAUUCAGCGUCUCGCCAUGGGUGUCCACCUCGCACCCUGGCCGUCCCAUGCCCUUGCUGCCCCCAUGUGUCGUUAAGGAGGAAACACCAUAAGAAACACCUGGAAACUCAUGAAGGAAAGCGGCAUAGAAUCUUUUGCCCGUACUGUUUGCCGCCUGUGGAUCCCUCCGAGCCAUAUAUAAAGGAAUCAGUAAAAUAUCCCUUCGACAAAUACCCACAAUAUUGGUAUGCAUCAGAAGAAUCUCUUCGUCUGCAUAAAAAGAGAAAACAUCCCUACGCGGCCAUGUUUAAUUAUAACUGGUAUUGUACAUGGGGGGAAAUCCCGCCAAACAGC